ACGCGGACGUCCGGCCAGGUGGGGCCAGGGCCUCUGGGAUGCAGACGGCUCCGCGCCCCCUGACACCGCACGCCUGUCCGCUCCGCCGUGACAGCCUGGGCUUGGCUGUCCCUGGAAGGAGUUGCCCGGCCACCAUGAGACAGCCCUCUGAGGCCCUCAGCCCCCUGGGGUUUUCCAUGGGACAGCCAGCAACAGCCGCCCAGAGUGAGUCUGGGGAAGGGUCCUGUGGUGCCCAGGAGCAGAUGUCCCCUGCCAGGGAAGACAGAGGGCUGGGUACCUGCUCAGGGGACCAGUGGAUGGUUCGGAAGGUGAAGGUGGAGGAUGAGGAUCAGGAGGCCAAAGCGGAGGUCGAAUGUCCUGAGCAUCUGUCCUUCCUCCCCAGCUCUCUCCCCGCACCCGAUCUGGGACCUCUGGCCACCACGUGUAAGCUGGAGCCAGGGACGCCGGAUGGGUUUGCUCUGUCCAGGUGGGCCUGGGACCCUGAGAAGCCCUUUGGCUGCGGAGAGUGCGAGCGGCGCUUCCGGGAUCGGGUGACCUUGAGGCUGCAUCUGCGGCUGCACCGCGGCGAAGGCCCACGAGCCUGCUCUGACUGCGGCCGCAGCUUCGCUCAGCGCGCGCACCUGCUGCUGCACCAGCGCAGCCACGGCGGGGAGCGGCCCUUCCCGUGUUCCGAGUGCGGCAAGCGCUUCACUAAGAAGGCGCACCUGACCCGCCACCUCCGCACGCACACGGGUGAGCGGCCCUACCCGUGUUCCGAGUGCGGUAAGCGCUUCAGCCAGAAGAUCCACCUGGGCGCGCACCAGAAGACGCACACGGGGGAGCGGCCCUUUCCCUGCGCGGAGUGCGAUAAGCGCUUCCGCAAGAAGACGCACCUGAUCCGCCACCAGCGCAUCCACACCGGGGAGCGGCCCUACCCGUGCGCGCGCUGCUCCCGCAGCUUCACGCAUCGGCAGCACCUGGCGCGGCACCAGCGGGUGCACGAGGCUCAGUCCCCGACCCUGCUCGCCCCCCGGCCCCUCUCGGGCUCAGACUGCGCCUUCAGCUUCGGCUGCAAGAGUCUCGCUGCACACCAGUGUCCGCACCGUCGAGAGCGCACCCCCGCGGACCCCGCCUCCGACCCGGUGCCCUUGGCCUGUGAGCGGCCCUUCUCCUGCCCGAACUGCGGGCGCGACUUUGCCCACGGGCAGCACCUGGCGCGGCACCUGCGAGUGCACACGGGCGAGCGGCCCUUCGCCUGCGAGCAGUGCGGACGCCUCUUCGGCUCGCGGCCCAAUCUGGCGGCGCACGCCAGGGCCCACAGCGGCGCCAGGCCCUUCGCCUGCGGGCAAUGCGGCCGCCGCUUCAGCCGCAAGUCGCACCUGGUCCGCCACCAGGCAGUGCACACGGGCAGCCGGCCCCACUCCUGCGCCAUCUGUGCUCGCAGCUUCAGCUCCAAAACCAAUCUGGUCCGCCACCAGGCCAUCCACACGGGCUCCCGCCCUUUCUCCUGCGCACAGUGCGGCAAAAGCUUUAGCCGCAAGACACACCUGGUUCGGCACCAGCGAGUACACUCUGUGGAGGCCAUCCACGCGACCUCCGACGCUGCCCCGGCCUGGCCCACUGCCAAGGAAGGGGCGCAGCCCUCCCUCUUCUUCUGAGCCUCUUUCUUUCCCAGACAUCCUCCCCGGCCCCCCCCCCCCCGCCAUGUUUGCACACAGGUCUAGAAACCUCGCUCUGAAGCCUGUCUUGCCUGGGGAGGGGAGCGUCUGGAAGGGACACCCGCUUCUGGCAUUCUGUGACAAGGACAACGUAAGGGUUAACAUUGCUGGGAACAGCUCAGGCCUCUUGGAAGACCCACCACCCAGAGAGCCUUUCAGAAGGCAGACCCUUUCCUGGCCUCUCCUGCUGGGGUGGACUGGUACUUCUUUUGUCUGCUUCUUAUCUCCUCCCAGCCCCCAUCAACAGGGGGCGGGAAAAUGGUUAUCUAUGUAUUUAAGGUUUAUUAAAGGUAAAAUCAGACGGUCCUGAGCUGUUAGAUUGGUCAGGGAGGAAGUCCCUCCUCUCCACCGCACAUGACUCUGUCUCCCACCGCCACGGAUGCCACUGCCACCUGCCUGGCAGCUUGAGGACGAUGAAAUGCAUUUAAUGGUGGAGGGAGGUCGCCUUCACAUCACACUUCCCAACAACACACUCUCUGACAGAUGGUCAGAAGUCAGUGACUUUCUCUGCCUUGGCAGGUGGGAAAGCUGGGGUUGGCCAUUGGGCAGUGACCAGCGUAUUGGACCUGGGUGACAAGGCUUGAGUGUGAGCCUCCUCCCCUCAGGUGGGAUGGAUAACUGAGGCCUCAUUUCCCUGGGCCUCUAUUUUCUCCCUAGUACCACCAGAGGGCUGGUUUUGAUGAGAUCUAAGGCCUUUCCCAUUUCCAACAUCAUAAUCACCAAAAACGACCCUAGAAAGUAGUUCUGGGCGCCUGCUUUGUGACAGAGAGACAGACAGGCAGGACCCUGCCCUUGCAGAGUGCACACUGAACCAGCUGUGGCGGGCAGGCCCCGAGGGCCUGGAGGAGUGGGGUGAGGGCAAGCACCUGUUUGGGAAAGGUGGUCAGGGAGGCUUGUAGAUGAAGGAACUCCUAGCUUAAGACCCAAGGAACAAGAAGCCCAAUGGAGGCUGAGAUCAGGGCAGAUUGGGUCUGCAAUGGCCCUGAGGCCAGGUGCAGGAGUGGCCUAGAGACAAGAGGGAAUUUGGGGAGGCCUUUAGCACAUGCUGAGGAAACCCUGGUGGUGUAGUGGUUAAGUGCUACAGCUGCUAGCCCGAGGGUCGGCAGUUCAAAUCCACCAGGCGCUCCUUGGAAACUAUGGGGCAGUUCUACUCUAUCCUAUAGGGUCGCUAUGGGUUGGAAUCGACUCGAUGGCACUGGGUUGUUUGGGUUAGCACAUGCUGAAGAGUUUUGGGAGCCCCUGGUAAUACAAGCAGUUACAAACUUGGCUGGUAACCAAAAGAUCAAAUCACCCAGAAGCACCUUGGAAGAAAAGCCUGGUGACCUACUUCUGAAAAAUCAGCCAUUAAAAACCCUGUGGAGCACAGUUCUACUUGCACACACAUGGGGUCUGAGCUGACGACACAGCCACGGGUGCUAGUGCAGCUAAGGAAUUUAGAGCUUGCCUUCAGGCAGUGGGAAACCACAGAGAAAUUCGGCAGGGAAGCAGUGUGGUAGGUUUGCUUCUGUGCCUUUAGAAAGACGGCUGUGGCCUCUGGCUACCUCGUGGAGAAUGGAGAGGGGAGGCUUGCAGGUCCAUGGUCCUGGGGACAGGUGGUGGUGACCUGAGGCCAUGUUGUCUCAGAGGAGAUAGAGAGAAGUGGAUGUAUUCCAGAGACCCUGAAGGGCAGGUGAUAGAGGACUUGAUGUGAGGGGUCAGUAUCCAGAGGGAGGGGCAGUGGUAUCCUCUGAGAUAGGUGCACGGGUGGGAAGCUGGUGAGGGGGAGCAGUCUUGGCCCAGUUGAACCAGUGUGGCCCAUGCACAGGAAGUAGCCCUAUGGUGCAGGGCCCAUGGUAGGCCUGGGCUGAAGAGAGAACUGAGAACAGUCAACAUGUGUUUCUGAAGCAAUGGGAUUGUGAAUGAUCUCCUCCAAGAAGUGAGUGUGGGGUGAGAAAAGAAGGGGCCUAGGGUAGGGCCUUGAGGAACUCUAGCAUUUAGAAGGUGUGUAAAAAUGGUGUGGCAGAGGUGUAGUCUGGCCUUCUCUAACCUCAGAAGCGGAAAAGAGAAUCAAGAUCAACAGCUCCAGACUGAUUCCUGUGAGGUGGAGAUCAGACAUACAUCCUGUCUACAACUUUUUUUUUUUUUACCAAUUCCUACACCAGCCAUCCUUUCCACAGCACGCUCUACUUCUCUGCUGGGUUUGAUAAUUUGUUGCAAUGACCACACAGAAUGCACAGACCAUACAGUUAUGGGGUUUAUCAGGGAAAUAACAAGUUACAAUUCAGGAUCAGGAAUGCUCAAUGUACAGUUCUUCAAUCAGGACAGUCUCUUUUCAGCUGUGCCCACAGGCAGGACUUUCCCUGCCCUCAGCCUCUCAACCCUUGGCUUCUUGGGCCUCUUGGGGCUCUUGGGCCAGCCUGGCCUCUACCCUGCUUGGGCAAGUGUUACGAAGCUCUUUUAGCUCUGCCAAUAAGUGCCUGGAGGCAUCCCACUCAGCUAGUAAGCCUCCUGCCUGAAGGUGCUCAACUUUCUCGCCCCAUGGGCUGGGAAGCCCAAUAUGCCAUCUCCUGCCAGUCUCCUGGUUCUGCUACCAUGCACCUUAUCUACAUUAUUAGCAAGCUAGCCAAUCCCCAUGGUGGGCCGCAGGCACUUCAUUUACUUAGCCCUCACCCAGUCAUUUUUUGGGAAUUACAAAACCUAUGGCUAGAAUGGCCAUAUUAAGUAAUUCACUGCACUGCAAGAUGGCAUAGAGAGAAGCCUGGAAAAGAGCCUGGAAGGGCAGAA